AGAAGAACAACAACAACAACAACAACUCGAAUCUCCUUACUCACCACAAGCUGUAAAUGCAUAUCUAGCCAGCAUACCUGCAUCUGAAAUGGCAGCCCUCUGGAACCUGCGAAUAGCUUUGCUCACGGGGCUGGCCGUCACUCUCUUGGGCGCAUUCUACAUCUACCAAUCGCCAUCGCCCCUGGAUUUUACCCUACCGCAUCGCACAUCAGGCAAUAACCUACCUGGACUCGAAGUAUCGCUCAGCCAGAAAUCUCGGGACCCGCCUACUCUCCUUGUGACUGUGGAAAAUAACCACUCGGACACAACGUACACGGUACUCAAAUGGAACACGCCACUGGAUCCGUACGCACUCGACACAGGCGUCUUCAACAUCGUGGACGAAACCAACCACCGCGAGAUAGAACAGGCUAUAAUACAUAUUACCCGCAAGAUGCCGCCGCCUCCAAACCAGUUGUUGACGUUGGCGCCCGGUAUGCGAGAAGAGGUUGAGAUAGUGUUUGAUAGGCCGUGGAUGCCACAGCGCAGGCCAGCGACAUACAGGAUCAGUGCUAAUGGAGCGUUCAAGGGAGCAUGGGCGAAACAUCGAGAAGAACUGACGAAAGACGAGUUGUACGCUUUUGCGGCGAGUCCGUUUAGUGGACGGAGGUUCGCAGCGAAUGAAGUUAUUAUGGAAAUUUAAUGGUAAUACAGAUGUGAUGAGAUACGAGGGAGUGAAUGUGCAUACGGUAUACAAAUAAAUACUGAAGUAUCAGCAGUGUAGCCUUGUUCAAUCUUCACUCUUCAUCCCUCUGCCGUAUGCCUCUCCUCAACCUUCCAUAUCUCCACCCCACGCUCUUCCUCUUCUCUCCAGAUCUCCAUGUGUCCUGAUAUCCAACCAACAUACCCCUAUCACAAAAUCUUAUACGAUGUGAACGCCUGCCGUAUGUACUUUCUCGGCUUCUCCAACUGCUCCCACAGUGAAGUACGCGAAGCCUUCGUCACCACGCUUUUAAUCGAGUCUCUUGAGAUUGUGCGUUUCAUUUUUUCAAACUUCCCCAGAUACGUUUUUGUCCAAAAAACCCAAAAUGGCAGUGGAAG